AUGUAUCUCUCCGUUAACCAACUAUCUACUCUCAUGAGCAUUCUUAGUGAAGAAACUGUAGAAAAUCAAACACUUGAAUAUCUAGUUUCACAACUUCAUCAAUUUUUCAAACGAGAAGAUAAUUUUAAAGUUGGCUGUACUUUACUUAUGCUGAUCCAACAUUCUGAUUUCUUACUCAAUCAAACACAAAAAUUUGCUGCUAUAAUAUUGUGUUAUGAACUAUACCGAAAUGAACCGAUUGCAACUAAUCCUUUAGCACCUAUUUUUAUGCAUCUCUUGCAUAAAAAAGUUGGUAAAAAUGAAUAUGUUGGUGAUUUGCCGGUUUUAACUAUGCCAGUUAAAAUAUUUCUUUCCAAUUUAAUUAUGUCUCAAAAUUCUAAAGAGUUAUUACGAAAAUCUGCUAAACAAGUAUUAACAGCACGCAGUGAUCCUAGUAAACCUGUAGUUAAUACAGCAACAAUUCUUAAUACAAUAAAAGAUCGUCGAAAAAAUCUUCCACGAACUGCAAAAAGCUCUCUUCCAGUUAUAAUACCUGAUCCUCAAAAAACUGAAUCAAAGGAAGGAGCAAAACAAGUUUUAGAAUCGUUGAUUAGUGGACCAAAAUCAUAUGUUUCGCACAAUUUUAAACCAGAAAUGAUGCGACUUGUGCCACCGCUGUAUGUGUGUAAAGAAGAAAUGGUUUGGAUGAACAUGAGUAGUCGAUCAAAUCAUCAGAUCAUGUAUGAUAAGACAAUGUGUGUAUCUACUAGUGCUGCUACCGAAGCACGAGAACUUAUGACUAAAGCUCUCAAAACACCAUUAACCUUACAGCAACAACAGCAUCUUUUAGCUGAACUUGGAAAUGAUCCAAAACUAGUUUAUCAUAUAGGUCUUACGCCGUGUAAAUUGCCAGAUUUAGUUGAAAAUAAUCCUUUGAUAGCUAUUGAAGUAUUACUAAAACUAAUGCAGUCACAUUCCAUAACUGAUUACUUCUCCGUCUUAGUCAAUAUGGAAAUGUCUUUACACUCAAUGGAAGUAGUUAAUCGAUUAACUACUACUGUAGAACUUCCAACUGAAUUUGUACAUCUAUACAUAUCAAAUUGUAUUGUAGCGUGUGAAACUAUUAAGGAUCAAUAUAUGCAAAACCGAUUAGUUCGUUUAGUGUGCGUUUUCUUGCAAUCUCUCAUUAGAAAUAAAAUAAUAAAUGUUCAGGAAUUAUUUAUUGAAGUUCAAGCCUUUUGUAUCGAUUUUAUUCAAAUUCGAGAAGCAUCAGCUCUGUUUCGUCUCUUAAAACAACUAGAAACAGGAGAUACUUGCAGUAUUGGUAAUAUAGCUGCUGCCGCUGGUAUUACACCUAGUACAAUUGCUGCUGCUAAAGAUAAGGAUAAAGACAAAAUAGUUCCAAAGGAAAAAUAG